AUGGAGACAAGAGCCUGUAAUGGAUCAGAGGAUUCCUCAACCAACUUCUACAGGGUGGGCAUUCCCUCUCUGCUCAAAUCUUUCUUUCUUCCUAUCUUCUUUGUCUUUCUCCUCCUCUACCUACUUAUCCUGCUGGGAAAUGCCCUGGUCCUGGUGGCUUUGGUGAUAGAGCUCAGCCUCCACAAGCCCAUGUACUUCUUCCUGAUCAACCUCUCAGCCUUGGACAUCCUUUUCACCAAAACCACCGUCCCCAGGAUGCUGUCCCUCCUCUUACUUGGGAACUGCUCCCUCAGCUUCCCUGUCUGCUUCCUGCAGAUAUACCUCUUCCACAGCUUCUCCUGCUCAGGAGCUUUCAUCCUGGUGGUCAUGGCCUAUGACCGCUAUGUGGCUUUCUGCUAUGCCCACAUUCUGGCCUCAGUGCUUUGCAUCAGCUCCCGAGAAGGACGCUCAAAAGCCUUCUCCACCUGCAGUUUCCACCUCCUGGUGGUUGGCACCUACUACUCAUCCAUUGCCAUAGUCUAUGUAGCCUACAGGGCUGACCUGCCUCUUGACUUCCACGUCAUGGGCAACGUGGUAUAUGCUAUUUUCACACCUGUCCUCAACCCUCUCAUCUAUACACUGAGGAACAAGGAUGUCAAAGCAGCCAUCACCAUAAUGUUCCUGGGACCCAAAGAAUGCUGGAGAACCGUGAUUCAUAGGUGUAACUCAAUCUACUCACAAAUGCCAAUAACAAUAGACGGAAUUGUCUAUGUGAAUAGACAAUUCACAUAG